UGAGUCGUGCUUAAGAAUAAUCCUACGUUGGGUAACCUGUAUAUCUGAAAUUUUGGAUAUAAGUAUGUAACUAGUUUUAUAAUAAUAUAUAUAUAUAUAUACAAUCACAGAUAUAAUAUGGCUUGUGCGUAAUGUCAUUGAUUAUAUCUUACUGAAUCUUGGUCCGUGUCAAUGGUAGUAUAUAAUAUGCUUGAUGUAUAUAUUCUGUGUUUAUACCAUGGUUUAUACUAAUAGUAGUAUUCAUCACAUAAUCUGUGGUUGUAUCAUUCAUUCAUUGGCAGACGUCGUUUGACGAGUCUUACUACUUCGUUCGUGAAUCGUGUUUGUCCUUCGACACUCGGCAGUCGACAGCACGACGCCGCCCGACGGCCGACGAAGUGUCCGACACACGUGCAUCGCCAUCACCAUUCACCACCGAUACCACUGCUGUCACUGCUCAACCCGCUAGCCAUUUGUUGAACACUAGAUGACAAUCAUUAAUAACCUUAGUUUUGUUGAAUAACGUGUUUUGUCCAUCCAUCUCCUACCAACCAUCAAGUGACCGUCGACGGACAUUCCAAAAAUGGCUUCUGUUAACGAAGAUUCUGUUCGAGCAAACGAAGGUGCAGCAAAACAACUGCUGGUAGCUUCUGCGACUAAAACUUUACCAAAAAAAAAUAAUAAAAAAAAAUUAACUAAACAUUUAGAUAAUAUAAAAGAUAGAUUUGCUUGGAAAACGAUCGCAGGAUUUUGUAUACCAUAUAUCGUACGUUUAGUGGAUGGUAAACAUUUGAAAUUUGUAUCUACACAGAUGGGUGAACAUCUGUUAUUGAAAAAAUAUUUACAUAAUUUAGAUGCAGAUAUUUAUAGGUCAUGUACAGAUGUGAGAGGUUUUGUGAUCACUGAUUUGGAGGCGAAAGUAUUAAAUUACAUAAAUGAUAAACAUUAUGGAAAAGAUUUCAAAUUCUUAGCGGGAAAAGAUUAUAUCGUCCGUUUAGAGGAUUUUUGUAAUUUUUAUAUGUUCAUAGAAGUAUGUUAUACAAAAUUACUGUGCAAUAAUACCUCAGGUCACAAAGACAAAUGCGGUUUUAUAUGUAUUGGCUCUGAAUCCAUAGUACCAUAUUGUACUAUAGAUAGCAAAAAAUAUGUUCCAAUAUUUUUCUUUGAGGGGGAUACAGACCACCUCAUACCAUCAACUUUGAAACUAGUAAAUUGGCACUUGGCAUAUCUUAAGUUUUGUUGUAAACUUUUGGGUGUCAAAGCUAAAUGGUUUGAUGGUGACACUUGGCUAGUGACCGACCUUAAUCAUAUCAAGAGUUUGUACCCACCAGAAACAGAGUUUGAAGAUUUUUGGCCACCUCAUUUGUCUGAUUCAUAUCUCUUUGCUUAUCGUAAAUCUAAACAUGACAAGCCACCAGGUCCCUGGUUCAAAGCAUCCCUUGAUGUAGUAACUGAUGUAAAUACAAUUCAUCACAAUUCAACUGCACCAACUCCAGCUGUACCACAAAGUAAAGAAGUGAUGAUAAACCAAAUGCCACAACAGAAGCAGCAGCAACAACAAGAAAUUACUACUCCUGUAGUUCAAGCACAUAACAAUUCAAAUAAUCCUGCAUACAAGGUUCAACUGGCAACACUUGAAGGAAAAUUUAUUAACUGCAUAAACGCCAAGCCUGGCAUAUAUUCUGAUUUUGUGGUGACCUUAAAAGACCUAGUUCGAACUGUGUUGCCUCCAUGCACUGUUGCAAAAUGCGCUCAUGUCCUGUACAAAUAUUUAAAAACAACCCUAAUAUUUGGAAAACCUGAGCAGUUGGCCGUGUUAUGGGAGAAAGGACUCAUUUGGUCAGUGAACCCAGGAGAUACACCAAUGGCCAAGCUAGAAGACAUCAAACAAGUGUUGCCGCAAUUAAAGACAUUGGUGUCAAUGGAAGAUAAAGAAAUUGAGAAAAUAAUUUAGAAAAAGACUUACUAUAUAAAUUAUAUUUUGCUUCAAAAAAGUUGA